AUGAAGGCAGCAAGCAAAGCCGCAGCCCUCCCGAGUCUGCCCUACAAUCCCAUAGUCGAAGGGGCGGCUUCCACCUUGCCCCUCGUCUUCACCCGAGAUGCAGACUACUUCUUCGCCGCCUCUUCAUCCUCCGUCAAGAUCCACUCGCGAUCCACCGGCCAAGUAGUCUCGACGCUCUCUGCUCCCUCUGGCAACCCAGCGCAGAUCACCGCCGUCCUCCUACACCCUACCAAUCCGCUGCAACUCGUCACAGCCGCUCUUGACGGUACAGUGCGCAUUUGGGACUACCUCGACGCGGUCCUGCUACGCACGAUUGAAGUUGGCUUCCCUAUCACCCACCUUGCAGCGCACGCCUCGCUCCCCUCAAACGUCUUCGUCGCUGUCCGCAAGCCAAAGGCAGACAAGCUAGGCAGAAAAGUAGACCCAUUCGCCUUCACUGGAAGGACAAACAGCAUUGUCUACUCGGUCUCCUUGGAGACCCUUGCUGGCACGAAUGGACGCUCUUCCAAGUCAAAAGAGCUCCUACGCAUCGGAAAGACACGCUCUGUCACCGGCCUGUCCAUCUCGCCCGACGGUCAAUGGCUCGUAGCAAUCGGCAAUCGCAAGGUCCAGAUCGCCCGCACCGCUUCCUUGCGAAAUGGCUUCACCAAGCUAGUCUCUGACGCCGACCUGAUGAGCUUGGCCUUCCACCCUUCCGAGCCCACCUUUGCGACCGGCGACGCAGUAGGGAAGAUUCGCGUGUGGCGAUGCCUGGAUGAGGACUUCUUGCGGCAAGCGCAAGAGGAGACCGAGGGGGAGAAGCAUGCACCUAGUACCGUGCUGCAUUGGCAUGCUCAUGCGGUCAGUGCUCUCAGCUUCACACCGAAUGGAGCGUACAUUGUGUCAGGAGGGGAGGAAGCAGUGCUUGUCCUCUGGCAGCUGAGCACCGGCCAGCGAGAGUACGUCCCCCGCCUUGGUGCACCCAUCGAUGCAGUGACUAUCGCGGACGGAAUCAGCGGUAGGGAGCAGGAGUACGCCCUCACUCUCGCGGAUGGCUCCGUCACCUUCGUGAGCAGUCUGACACUCAAGGUUUCCCGCUCCUUCGCUCGGAUCAAGGUGGACUCGUCACGCCAUCUGUUCCCCGCCUCUAGGCAGGCAACAAUGCCCAGCCCAAUUGCAGUGGAGCCCGUUACUGGCCAACUCGUCUUGCAGUCAGGCCACCCCUCCAGCCUGCAAUUCUUCGACAUUCAGGCCGAUCGUAUUACCUCGGAGCUCGAGGUCGCUCCAUCAAAUCGCGUCUCACGGCCGGACGAAGCGCCUCUCGAGCCGACGCGCGUGGAGCUGGUCGCUUUCUCCUCUCAGCCGGCUCACGGUAGCUCAGGCCUAGCAGAAUGGAUGGCGACUAUUGAUUCGCGACCGGGUGGAGGACACAUGAGCAACGAGAUUGCGCUCAAGAUUUGGCAAUGGUCCUCUUCAGCGCAGGGAGGGAGGUACAUCCUCAACACGCGCAUUGACAAACCUCACGAGGAAGGAGGAGUCUCCUCGCUCGCCUUCAGCCCGGCGGCAGAAGCAGGGGAUGGCGGCCUUCUCCUCGUCACCACUGGCAAGUCAGACCGCAAAAUCAAGACAUGGCGCCUUGCUACGCACACUGCGCGUGGUGGCCGACAGGAGAUGUACUGGGUGCCCCGCUCUAUUGCCGCUUACCGUAAUCAUGCCCCUUCAGCCGCACGCUGGUCUCCCGAUGGAUCCAUCCUCGCAGUCGCGCAGGGUCCCUUCCUCACCCUUUGGGAGCCAGUGUCCAACUCGCUCAUUGCGGCUCUCUCCUGCCCCGAGGUGAAGGCGGCACAGCAGCUUGAGUUUGUUGGCAGGCAGGGCAGAUACGUCGCUGUGGGUAGCGGGACCACGCUGAUUGUCUGGGAUCUGGUGAGGGGAGAGGUGCAUGCUCAUCGAUCGUAUGAUGAGGCUGUGAGGAGCAUCGUCCCGCUCGAGAAUGAGCGACUGGCCGUGGUGAGGCCAACGGGCAAGAAGGGGCAGCAGCACAGCAUCGUGGACGUGCUUGACGUGACGGCCCCUUCGAGGCCUGCAGUCACGUACCAGCUUCCAGUGGCGGUACGUGAGGUCACUACAGGGGUAGUCAAGCAGCGCGGCCUCAGCAGCCAAAAUGGCACUGUCGGUCUGCCGCACUUCUUUGCCAUCACCUCCGCCUUCGAUGUGGUCCAAGUCGGCUCAUCCCCCGACGACACUCAACAGGGUGGCCCGUCAGGCUCCUCGUCUGCAGGUCAAUCACUGCGCGGCAUCUCAGUGAAGCGUCGCACGCUCUUUGAUGAUCUUUUUGGUCCCAUGAUGGACGACUACGAUGCGGAAGCUGCCGCGACAGCGCAAAAGCAGCGACAACGACCUGUGUUGGCGACCAAGGACAUCUUUGCCCUGUUCGAUGCCCCGGCGCACCUGCUGCCGCCCGUCAGAAUGCUCUUCGAUGCGUUCGUGCCAGCUGUGUUGCCGCCGAGGAGGGAAGGUGAUGGGGAGGAUGCCGAGGGUGUCAAGAGGGCUGGAACCGUGGAGCAGGACGAGGAUGAGGAGGAUGAGAUGGACAUCGACGGCGACGAGGCAGCCAAGGCCGCGCCUGGGCCCCACAUUGCAGCGCGGUCGAAGGACGACGAAGCAGAGGAUAUCAGAGUCUUGACCGACCUCUUUGCAUCGCAGCUUGAGACACCUGCUACCUCGACUUCCUCAGCGGCGAAGAAAGGAAAGCCGGCUGCGGGCGCAGCGUCAUCCCCAGCUGGGGCGAAGAGUAAGCCCAAUGGUCUGCCUAACGGUAGCAGCGAUGCAGGCAAGAAGCCGCAAGGAAGGAAGUCGUCUUCUACGAUGGUCAAUGGAGCGGCUGCAUCUCCCUCCUCUGCGGGAGGAAAGCAGAUAGGAGGGACUUCCCCACCAGCAUCGCAGGGCAAGGCUGGGGCGGGUAAGAAGAGGAAGAGCCUGUCUUGA